AAAAAUAUACAAAUUUUACAGGAAACUUUGGAUCACCAGUAAAAAAGACUGGACCAAAUUCUCUUAUGGCCUGCUCUUGAGACGUACUUGGUAUUCACAAAACUGACUGAAGACCACAGAAUUGGUAUUUAAUUAAAAAUGCUGUUGUCAAUAGGAAUGCUAAUGCUGUCUGCCACUCAGAUCUACACCAUUUUGACAGUUCAGUUGUUUGCUUUCCUUAAUCUUUUGCCUGUGGAGGCAGAUAUUUUAGCGUAUAAUUUUGAAAAUGCAACUCAGACAUUUGAUGAUCUGCCAGCCAGGUUUGGCUAUCGAUUACCGGCUGAAGGCUUGAAGGGGUUCUUAAUAAAUUCAAAGCCGGAGAAUGCAUGUGAGCCUAUAGCCCCUCCACCACUUAAGGACAACUCCUCCAAUACUUUCAUUGUCUUAAUCAGAAGACUUGACUGCAACUUUGAUAUCAAGGUUUUAAAUGCACAGAGAGCUGGAUACAAAGCAGCUGUAGUUCACAAUGUUGAUUCUGAUGACCUGAUUAGCAUGGGAUCCAACGACAUUGAAGUUUUAAAGAAGAUUGACAUUCCCUCUGUCUUCAUUGGUGAGUCAUCAGCUAAUUCCCUUAAGGAAGACUUUACUUAUGAAAAGGGUGGCCAUAUUGUGCUAAUCCCAGAGUUCAGUCUUCCUUUGGAAUACUAUUUAAUUCCAUUCCUGAUUAUAGUGGGGAUCUGCCUUAUACUCAUCGUCAUAUUUAUGAUCACCAAAUUUGUGCAAGACAGGCACAGAGCAAGAAGGAAUCGGCUUCGAAAAGAUCAGCUUAAGAAACUUCCCAUACAUAAAUUUAAGAAAGGCAAGUGGAUCUUUCUUGUUUGCGUAAACAAUCCAACUUAACUGGGCUUAAAUAAAUACUAAUAUCCAUGGAUUUUCCCAUAGCUUUGAAAAUUAUUAUAAGAAUACUUAAGCUGAGUAUCAGAGUUAGAAUGAAAUC